UUUCCACAGACACGACCCACGUCCAAUUGUGAGUUUUCACUGCGCUCCGAAUAUCACUUAAAUCGCAGGAAAAUAGUUAAUUUGCAGCAGCUAAAUUGGAGAUCACAAAAAAAAACACCAAAAAACAACCAACGCCACAAUGAUCGCCGCUACUUUGGGUCAUCUGUAGAGUCAUCGCAACAGCACCACCAUCAUAUGCAUCCCAUGUAUCCCGAAAACCACGCCAUCGCCUGGAGCACGAGCACCACUAUUAACCCUUGUCGCAGCCGGAGCAGCAGGAUGCUGCUCCUGCCGUGGCUGCUACUCCUCCUGGUGGCCAGCAGUGGCCUGCCAGCUGUCAGAGGCCAGUACCAAUCGCCGCGCAUCAUCGAGCAUCCCACGGACCUGGUGGUCAAGAAGAAUGAACCCGCCACACUCAACUGCAAAGUGGAGGGCAAGCCGGAACCCUCUAUCGAGUGGUUUAAGGAUGGCGAACCCGUCAGCACCAACGAAAAGAAAUCGCACCGCGUCCAGUUCAAGGACGGCGCCCUAUUCUUCUACAGGACGAUGCAGGGCAAGAAGGAGCAGGACGGCGGGGAGUACUGGUGCGUGGCCAAGAACCGAGUGGGCCAGGCCGUUAGUCGCCAUGCCUCGCUCCAGAUUGCUGUUUUGCGCGACGAUUUUCGCGUGGAGCCCAAAGACACGCGAGUGGCCAAAGGCGAGACGGCUCUGCUGGAGUGUGGGCCGCCCAAAGGCAUUCCAGAGCCAACGCUCAUUUGGAUAAAGGAUGGCGUUCCCUUGGACGACCUGAAAGCCAUGUCUUUUGGCGCCAGCUCACGCGUGCGAAUCGUGGAUGGUGGCAACCUGCUCAUCAGCAAUGUGGAGCCCAUUGACGAAGGCAACUACAAGUGCAUUGCCCAGAAUCUGGUGGGCACUCGCGAGUCCAGUUAUGCCAAGCUGAUUGUCCAGGUCAAACCCUACUUUAUGAAGGAGCCCAAAGACCAGGUGAUGCUCUACGGACAGACUGCCACUUUCCACUGCUCCGUAGGCGGGGAUCCACCCCCAAAAGUGCUAUGGAAAAAGGAGGAGGGCAAUAUUCCGGUAUCCAGGGCUCGAAUCCUACACGAUGGGAAGAGUUUGGAAAUCUCCAGCAUCACACCCACCGACGAGGGCAUCUACGUCUGUGAGGCACAAAACAAUGUGGGUCAGAUCAGCGCCAGAGCUUCGCUCACAGUGCAUGCUCCACCCAGCUUUACCAAGCGACCGAGCAACAAGAAAGUCGGACUGAAUGGCGUCGUCCAGUUGCCUUGCAUGGCUUCCGGAAAUCCAGCACCCUCUGUUUUCUGGACCAAGGAAGGAGUAUCGACGCUCAUGUUUCCAAACAGCUCCCACGGAAGGCAGCAUGUGGCUGCCGAUGGAACACUUCAGAUCACGGAUGUGCGGCAGGAGGAUGAAGGCUUCUAUGUGUGCUCCGCUUUCAGCGUCGUAGAUUCCUCCACGAUACGGGUUUUCCUGCAGGUCAGCUCGGUGGACGAGCGCCCUCCUCCUAUUAUCCAAAUAGGACCUGCCAACCAGACACUCCCUAAAGGAUCGGUGGCCACUUUACCGUGUCGUGCCACUGGAAAUCCCAGUCCCCGUAUCAAAUGGUUCCAUAAUGGACAUGCCGUACAAACUGGCAACCGAUACAGUAUUAUCCAGGGCAGCUCUCUGAGAGUGGAUGAUCUUCAAAUUAGUGACUCCGGAACCUACACUUGCACUGCAUCUGGGGAACGAGGAGAGACUUCCUGGGCAGCCACUUUGACAGUCGACAAAGCUGGCUCUACAUCUCUUCAUCGGGCAGCAGAUGCUAGCACUUAUCCUGCUCCGCCUGGCACACCCAAAGUCCUGAAUGUCAGCCGCACCAGCAUCAGUCUUCGAUGGGCCAAAAGCCAAGAAAAAACUGGCGCUGUGGGACCGAUCAUUGGCUACACCGUGGAGUACUUUAGUCCAGAUGUGCAAACUGGUUGGACUGUGGCAGCCCAACGAGUGGGCGACACCCAAGUCACUAUCUCUAAUCUCAGUCCUGGCACUUCAUAUGUAUUCCUAGUUAGAGCUGAAAAUACUCAGGGCAUAUCUGCACCCUCGGGUUUAUCUAAUGCCAUUAAAACCAUUGAGGAGGAUUUCGAUGCUGCUUCUGCAAAUGAUUUGUCAGCAGCUAGAACUUUACUUACUGGAAAGUCCGUAGAGCUGAUAGAUGUAUCGGCUAUAAAUGCCAGUGCCGUUCGUUUGGAUUGGAUGCUGCACGUGAGCGCUGAUGAAAAAUAUGUAGAGGGCCUUCGAAUACACUACAAAGAUGCAAGCUUGCCAUCAGCACAGUAUCACUCGAUAACGAUUAUGGAUAUUUCUGCGGAUUCGUUUGUAGUAGGAAACCUCAAAAAGUAUACCAAAUAUGAGUUCUUCCUAACACCUUUCUUUGAGACCAUUGAAGGGCAGCCCAGUAACUCAAAAAUAGCCCUUACUUAUGAAGAUGUUCCUUCUGCACCACCGGACAACAUACAGAUCGGCAUGUACAACCAAACCGCCGGAUGGGUCCGUUGGACUCCGCCACCCGCCCAACAUCACAACGGCAAUCUGUAUGGAUACAAGAUUGAGGUCAGUGCCGGAAACACCAUGAAGGUUCUUGCCAAUAUGACCCUCAACGCCACCACCACUUCUGUGCUUCUGAACAACCUAACCACUGGAGCUGUGUACAGUGUGCGAUUGAACUCUUUUACCAAGGCAGGAGAUGGACCCUACUCCAAACCGAUAUCACUCUUCAUGGACCCGACUCAUCAUGUUCAUCCGCCACGGGCCCAUCCUAGUGGCACUCAUGAUGGCCGACAUGAGGGUCAAGAUCUGACCUACCAUAGCAAUGGAAAUUUACCCACCGGCGACAUCAAUCCCACCACUCAUAGAAAGACGACUGACUAUUUAUCUGGCCCCUGGCUUAUGGUGUUGGUCUGCAUUAUCCUCCUAGUCCUUGUAAUUUCGGCAGCUAUUUCCAUGGUAUACUUUAAGAGGAAGCAUCAAAUGACCAAGGAGCUGGGUCACUUAAGUGUGGUCAGUGACAACGAAAUUACAGCACUGAACAUCAAUAGCAAGGAAAGCCUGUGGAUAGACCACAACCGUGGCUGGCGAACUGCAGAUACUGACAAGGAUUCGGGCUUGAGCGAAUCAAAACUAUUGUCCCACGUAAACAGCAGUCAGUCGAACUACAAUAACUCUGAUGGCGGAACCGACUACGCCGAAGUAGACACCCGUAACCUGACCACCUUCUACAAUUGUCGCAAGAGUCCUGAUAACCCCACUCCUUAUGCCACUACUAUGAUCAUUGGAACCUCCUCUAGUGAGACCUGCACCAAGGCAACAUCUUUGAGUGCCGACAAGGAUUCGGGAACUCAUUCGCCCUAUUCGGAUGCAUUUGCUGGCCAAGCACCAGUUGUUCCUGUUGUGAAAUCCAAUUAUCUACAAUAUCCGGUUGAGCCAAUCAAUUGGUCUGAGUUCCUACCACCGCCGCCAGAACAUCCACCACCGUCUUCAACCUACGGAUAUGCACAGGGGUCCCCGGAAUCUUCGAGGAAGAGCUCCAAAAGCGCUGGUUCAGGCAUUUCCACAAACCAAAGCAUUUUGAACGCCUCCAUACACAGUAGUUCCUCGGGCGGCUUUUCGGCCUGGGGCGUAUCGCCGCAAUACGCCGUCGCCUGUCCUCCGGAAAACGUGUACAGCAAUCCGCUGUCGGCGGUGGCCGGCGGCACCCAGAACCGCUACCAGAUUACGCCCACCAGUCAUCCAUACUUCGCCACCGCGUCUCCAGGGGGAGUACCACCUAACCAACUGCCAUUUGCCACCCAGCGUCAUGCGUCCAGUGAGUACCAGGCUGGAUUGAAUGCGGCGCGAUGUGCCCAGAGCCGCGCCUGCAACAGCUGCGAUGCCUUGGCCACGCCAUCUCCCAUGCAACCCCCACCACCAGUUCCCGUUCCCGAGGGCUGGUACCAACCGGUGCAUCCCAACAACCACCCGAUGCACCCGACCACCUCCAGCCAUCAGAUCUACCAGUGCUCCUCCGAGUGCUCGGAUCACUCGAGGACCUCGCAGGGCCACAAGCGGCAGCUGCAGCUGGACGAUCACGGAAACAGCAGCAGCGGCAAACAGCGCGGUGGACACCACCGCCGACGACCACCGGUGGUGCAGCCGUGCCUGGAGAGCGAGAAUGAGAAUAUGCUGGCGGAGUACGAGCAGCGCCAGUACACCAGUGACUGCUGCAAUAGUUCCCGCGAGGGCGACACUUGCUCCUGCAGCGAGGGAUCCUGUCUGUACGCUGAGGCGGGUGAACCGGCGCCCCGUCAAAUGACUGCUAGGAACACCUAAGGAAGAAGUCAUUGGACCUUCCCAAAUGGGUGGAUUAGUAUUAAAAAUAGCAUCUAGUCUAACCCUUCAUUCAUAUCGAACUUGGAAUCAGUCUGGUGACUGGGUCAACUCUAAGUUUAUGCAUCAACUAUCGAAUUCGAAUGACUGAUGCCUUGUGUCCACUACAACAUGUUCCUCUUGGCGGUUAAGCACUUUUAUCAACAACAAACUUGCCCUACUAUUUAAAUUGUAUUUCAAAAAUUCAGAAGUAAAAACAGAUGCAGACACAAAAUGAGUGAACAUGUUGUAGUGGAUUCUUGGGUAUAACACUCAGAUACACAAAACCACACUUGUCGCAAUCAUGGGGGCAUUGUGCAGCUUUAGCAAUUACGAAUUUUCCAUUAUCACAUCUACCAGCGUAGAGACUCAUAGACAGGCACAGUGCUCCCCCAUCCACGCACCACAAAAAUGUUCCCCCAAUGGAAAACGAAAUACUUUGUACUUAAGAGAGGCGAGUGCUGUACGAUAGAUAUUGCUUCAUUAACGCGAGGAGACAGUAAUUACUAAAUAGCAGGGAUCUGUGUCCCAGCAGAACUUCAUUAAAAUACGUACUCAAAGGAACUUAUAGAAAAAGAUAAACCAGAUCAGGCCAUAGCAAGUACACACAAAAGGUGACUGACGACGUAUGUAGUUAGAACCAAAGUACACACAUUUGUACAGCAUGUUUUGGGGCUUUCGAAUCGGUCCUAGUCAUAGGCUUGAUAGCGAUACAAUAACAAUACUGAUUACGAUAUACUUGUAUGCAAAACUCUUUCAUAUCUACGAUCACAAUCGAGCAUUUGUCUCCGACUCGGACUUGUGGGCAGUGGAGUUGAGUUUGGAGGACAAGUGAAACGGCAGUUGCAAUGUUUAAUGGUUAGUGCUUUUCUAUAACAAGAAAUAAUAUAAUUCAUUGAUCCAGUGAAUAUAUAUGUAUACAUACUAAACGACACACACUACACAACUACUUACAUAGCAUUUAGACGAGUUGAGGAGCUGCACACGGCCAACAGAACAAACCCCAGUUGUCCGUUCCGUUGUCCUGUCCCUGUGCAGAUCCCUCCAUGACACAAUGUUUUCUACAAUCUUGCAUUUUGAAAAAAGUCUAAAAUGUACCUGUGAUAUAACCCCAUUAUACAUUAUAGUAUUUUAAUAAUUUUUUAUAUUUAUGGUUUUCUGAUUUUGAGUCGCGUUUUUUGUUCAUUCUGUUCGAACAACGAGGAAUGUUUGUUGUAAGUCCCCACGCAGAAAAGGUUUUUUUGGGAGCGUAUAUAGCAUAAUUUAGAACUUAGGCACGUACCACAUUAGAAUGCAAAAUGAAUAUAUCAUCAAAUCAAAUCGAAUCGAAGAGGAGGAGAGAAACGCUCAGAGAGUUCGGCUAGCCGAGGAGGCCCAAACACUUUUCUACAAACCACCAGAUCGUGAGUUGAAUCGGUAAAGGUGGGGUAGGAAGAAGUGUUUCGGGCCGAGUUGAUAGCUGUGGAUAUACGAAAUAUCCAUGUGGACUAGAGUCAACGAAUCGUUUAAACAAUACUAAACACAUAUGCAUUACAUUUACCUAUAUAGAGAUCAUAUAGCACCUAGAACCGCGCAUGUAUCAAAUCAAAUCAAAAUAUGCUUUAGCAUACACUCACACAAAUCCACUUCCUUGCUAGCCCGCCCAGAUCGGCCCGGCAUGUACAUAUAUAUAUUAUAUAUAUACAACAUACUCCUAAUCCUAAUAUCGAAUCCAACUUGCUUGAGUUGAACUGCCCUUCCGUAGCCAUAUACAUAUAGAAAAAGCAUAGUUGGGUCUGGGUUUUAAUAAUUAGCAUCUAGUUUCUAGAGUUGUGUAACGGGAGUAUUUUAAAGUCAUAGCGUAAACGAAUUUUAAGAACGAACAGAACCCCAAAAUCGAAGUAAACAUUUAAUUUUUAGUGCGUAAUGCCAUAAACGAACUUUUUCAGAAGCAAAAAUAAUAACUGACAUUUACUUACGAUAUAAAUACUAUAUCUAGAUAUAUACAUAUAGCAUUUAAAAUUACAUAAACAAUAAAGGAACAUUUUACAUAUAUGUGGAUAAA